UGACGGUGUGAGUGAGGUAAACAUCCUCCCACUAACGCUUUUUCAAAUUUGUGAGGGAAAGUGAGUCCGUGCGGAGCGCGAGCGCGUCCCACAAUGCACUCGCCGCUCAGCGGGAAACCAAAAUGGCGAGAGCUAGCCAGCAAAACCAGCCGUUUACCAUAAUGUAAAACACUUCAUUCGUUUGAAUCAUCUCGUCAAAGCAGCAGCAUCUCGAUUCAAGACGGAGUUCUUGUUGCCCGUUUAUGGUGUAGUUCUUUGUGUUUGCGCGACAUUGUAACCUGGGAAAGUGGCCGAAUGAGAGACUCAGCAAGUGCAGAUAACCUGGCCGCCCAUCAAAAGACACCUCCAAAUCGCCAACACAAGUUUCCGGUGCCCUUGUCACGAUUUCCCCUGAAAGAUGGGCUGACCGACACGGCCAGGCUCGCCAACAAGUUCGAAGAAGGGCAGGACGUCCUGGCCCGAUGGUCAGAUGGCCUGUUUUACCUGGGAACUAUCUCCAAGAUAGAUAAACAUAAGCAUCGCUGCUUUGUGAUUUUUGAAGAUCAGUCUAAAUCCUGGGUUCUGUGGAAGGACAUUCAGACAGUUGACAGACCUCAGAGUCUCCAGGCUUACACAAACUGUAAGUUCCACAUCGAGCCAGGAGACGAGAAUAGGGAAGGGGACAGUGGAGGGGAAAUGCUCUGCUCUAUAUGUCAGAAUGAAAGCUCUGAGCCCCCCAAUGAAAUAGUCAUCUGUGACAAAUGUGGACAAGGAUACCAUCAGCUAUGCCAUGCUCCUAUAAUCGACCCCAGUGUUAUUGCCUCUGAUGACAAAUGGCUCUGCAGACAGUGUGUGUUCGCCACAACAACAAAGAGAGGCGGUGCACUGAAGAAGGGGCCAAAUGCCAAAGCCCUACAGGAAAUGAAGCAGUCUCUGCCAUACGCCCUUGAAGAUUUAGUGUGGGACCAGGGCCACAAGACCAACAUCCAGCAAUGCUACUGCUACUGCGGAGGUCCUGGCGAUUGGUAUCUGAAGAUGUUGCAGUGUAAUAAGUGUAAACAGUGGUUUCAUGAAGCCUGCAUCCAGUGUUUUCAGAAGCCCAUGCUCUUUGGAGACAGGUUCUAUCUAUUUAUUUGUUCCGUUUGUAAUAGUGGACCAGAGUACCUCAAACGCCUGCCUCUCAGAUGGGAAGAUGUUGCACACCUGAGCCUGUAUAACCUGAGUGUAAUUCAUAAAAAGAAAUACUUUGACUCUGAGCUUGAGCUGAUGACUUACAUCAAUGAAAACUGGGAUAGGCUUCAGCUUGGCGAGCUUGCAGAUACCCCAAGAGCAGAGCGAUAUGAAUGCAUUCUGGACGCACUUAACAGCAACCUCAACAUGUUCAUGUCAGGGAAAGAGAUAAAGAAGAAGAAGCACCUGUUUGGAUUACGAAUUCGCUUCCCACCGGCCCCCCAGAGCUCCGAGCUCCUGUCAGACCGAGAGCCGGAAAAAGCUUCCCAUGAGAUCAAAAUCAAAGGUAGAAAGGCCUCCAAACCCCUUCUUUCAUCCAGCAUUGUCACUAAUGGAGCAGUGAAGAAAGGAAAGAGGAAGCAUCACACACACUCCUUGGAGAUGUUGGCAAAAUUGAGAAGAUCAAGUGAACUAUUGGCACAGAAUAAUGGGAAGUUUCCAACUCUAGACAAUAACUCAGUAGACCUGAUGGCUUCAAAAAGUGAAAAAUCUUUGCCUUCAUCAAGUACCUCAGAUGUUGAAUCCGUUGGUGCCACCAGCACCAGUGAAACUACCUCAACCAGCCUCUCAAGGCAGUCCAGUUUGGGCAGUCCGAGCGGACCACGCACUGGAUGCUUAUGGCCCACCUUCACGCAGCCCCCACUAAAGAGGCGCCGGGGACGUCCGCGACGAGCACUGCAGCCCCCAAAUCCAGAGAUUCCUGCACCCUGCAACCCAGAGCCGCAACCUGGCAACAACGUCCCCGAGCCCAGCCCCCUCCCCUCCUGCCUCUACAGCGGCAUGGACAUCCUGCAGGGCCUGGACCCUGACACCCAGCUCAACCACCUCAAGAGCUCCAUCAGCACUUACUUUGGAGCCGCGGGUCGCUUGGCCUGUGGGGAGAAGUACCGCGUACUCGCUCGCCGUGUCACUAACGACGGCAAAGUACAGUACUUGGUGGAAUGGGAGGGUGUCACUGCCUCCUGAGCUUCGUACGGGUGUACUUCUGGUGAAGGUGAUACAGCCCACUUUGGCCCUAGUAAUGUACUAUAUUUUUGUGACAAGUAAGGAGGGAAAAGCAGUGAUUGUGACUGAGUGUAUGACAUGAAUGGAUGACUGAGGUAAUUGAGGGGCCUUAGGACUACCAAGAUGAAGAGGUGGGACUUUGUAGAGUAUUGUGUAUGUGACCUGUCUCUGUGGAAAUUCAAACAGACUGCCUUCAUAUGGACUAGAUUCACACACUGAAGGUGGCUGUAGUUUCAGGUUGAAGAUAUAAUCAAUUCACUACUAUGUGAAAAUAACCCGAGUCCUUGCUUUUUGUCUCUAAUGUGCAGGUGCCUUAAGGUGUUGUGAAACAGAUACUGUAUAUGCUGCUGGGGACUGAGGAUUUUUUUUUUUUUCCCUACUUAUUCAGUUAAAUAUUUUCUCAUAGCUCGAAUUGCCAAGAAGAGAGAGCGCUAUUGUCAGGAGGGCACUUUUAUUUACAUUUCAAUUGAUUGCACAUAAGCUCUCAUUCUGAACACCCAGUAUUGUCUCAUCUCAGUUUAAACAGCCUAGUUUGUGAUUUUCAUUAUAAAAUGAGAUUAUGGUGUUAAAAAAAACCUAUGGAAAAUGGUUAAUUUCUUUCAUGCCACAAAACAAAAAUUAAAAAUAUGUUUAGCAUUAAUAUUUACAUCAAAUCGUGGUAUUUUCUGGGACAUUCAACAAAUUCCUAGCUGGCUAAUAGAAAGUUUUGUUUAUAAUUUCUUUAUAAUUUUAUAAUUAAUUAUAAUUAGUUUAUUAUUAAUCUUUUUAAUAUGUAUAUCUUAAAAGCAUAUGACAGCGCUGUAGCGUUAGGAGGUCUUCGUAUAUCCCCCCCCCCCCUUUAAAAAAAAAAAACUUCAGCUGUUGAUAUCUGCCAUGGGAAUAUCAUUUUUUUUUUUUUUUUUUUUUUUUUUUUUUUAGGUCAAGUACCAUUUUAGUUUAUUUUCCUCAUAUAAACAAUUUUAAAUCUAAUUUUCUUUUUUUUUUGUGGGGGAGGGAUAGUUAUUUGUAUUUUUUGUUAUACUAUGCAACAAAUUCAACAGAUCUGUGCAUUUUUUUUAUUCUAUUUUAUUAGCAGCUUCAGCUUCACAUUACAAUCAGAAAAUGGCAGCAAUAGUUUUGUUACAAUUGACUCAGGCUUUUUGUGGUGCUAUUUAUUGCUUUCAAACAGUGUACACUAACAAACUGUCCAUUCGCGAGAGCACUCAGGAUACUUUACAGCUUCACUGUAAGAUUUGAUAGGACAUCCAAAUGAGAUUUUCAAUUCUCGACUUUGUAUUUUCAUACAUUUCUAAAAGUUUUGUUCAAUUUAGGUGUAAUUGUUUUAUUUUGACCUGAGAAUGCCCUGUUCUCCAUAAUACUAUCUUACCCCUUGCAGAGGGUGGAAGUAGCGUUGGUAUCAGGAAAGCUUUUGACUUAAACAUUAAUACCUCCUUGUUUUGAGAGAACAAAUUCCUAUAAAUAUUAAGCUCUUGUUAUGUUAUGUGUAUGAAUCAUUAUUCAGUUGGUGUACCAGUGUUAGUAAAGCUUGCUUUGUAUUUUACUGGCUUUGAGCAGGCUCCUUUAGCCAAAGAAUAAAGAUCUCAAACCUUA